GGUGGUCAGUGCUAAUAACGGUUUUUAUCAGGAAAUAACUUUGACCAACCGUUACACUUACUGUAAUAUAUGCAGAUCGCGCGUCAUGAAACUGAAAAGUUUUUGCUAUAAAAUGGAAAAGUGCUGAAAUUUGCCUUCACUCCCACGGUGGCUACACGGGCCUAAGAUACAGCUUUAACAAUGAGGGGAGGCGGGGAAAAGGUGAUGAUUCUGGCAGUAUUUGCUACAGUCAUCGGGGCAGGGUUGUGUUAUGUCCCGUACGGCGGCGGCUACGGUGGUUACGGCGGUGGCUACGGUGGUUACGGCGGCUAUGGCGGGUACGGUGGUUACGGCGGCUACGGUGGCUACGGCGGCUACGGCGGUGGCUAUGGUGGUUACGGCGGAGGUUACGGUGCCGUCCCUUAUGUCGGCGGCUACGGCGGCUACGGUGGCUACGGCGGUGGAAUAUACAACGGCGGCUAUGGGCAGCAAGGUGUCGGCUACGGAGGUUACGGGAAUGCAGCUCAAGGCCGUGGUGUUGCUCAAGGCUACGGACAAUACGGUAACGCACAGAACCUUGCAAAAUACGGCGGCUACGGAGGCGCAGCACAGGGCUUAAAUAAAGCGUACAACGGUUAUGGGCAGGAAAAGGCUGGCUUUGGGAACCAAGCAGCUACUGGUUACAACAAGUACUCAGCAGUGAGCAAGACUUUUAAUGCUGUGGAAAAGGAAGGCAAAUUCGGCAACUACGACAAUUCUGGUGCCUAUGGUGCUCUCGGCAACCAGAGUGGCUAUGGGGCUCAGGCCAACAAGGCCCAGUACGGUCAGGGAUACGGCCAAAAUUACGGCAGCCAAAACCAGGGCUACGGCCAGCAAUAUGGUGUAGCUCAAGGACAGUAUGGCGCUACUCAAGGGGGCGUCGGUGCUGGCUAUGGUGGUGGAAUAGGCAGCGUUGGAGGAUUGUAUGGCUAGAGUGUUGCAGUUCGCCCACAGGAUUCAGAAGGAGUAUUUUUCCCCGGUUCCCUCUACGGUCAACACUAGAAGACAAACGACCCCGCACAGCGCAUGUGCAUGAAAAUGUCCGCAGUCAGCACCGACUCCCGUAUCUCCAUUUGUCUGACGUACAUUUGUGUCCUUCUCCAUCGUCAUCGACCUUGACCGCACGUGAGGUUGAGCCCACGUUUAAUCUCCCUGGUGUCCAAGGAGGUCCGUAAGUGGCAAGUCGGCACGUCGUCCAGCCACUUAAUGUGACGUCGAAAAUUAUCCAAUAACCAUUUUUUGUGGCGUCAUUGGUAUCGAUAUGUGAGAACAUUAAAGACUUGAUUUGACGCUGCACUCAUCUUUGAUUACUGUGAAAAAGGAUCAUUGAUUGCUCAAGAAAUGAGCCUCCAAAGAGAUUGUCGUCACUUGUUCAUUUCUUAUCAAUGGCGUUAACUAUAAAGCUUUAACUUAAUAAGUAUAAUUUGAUAUGUGAAAUAUAGCCAAAGCAUACGUUUCUAAUAAAUUAUUUAUGGUAAAA